AUGGCAGAGGUCCUCUCUUCUGAGGAGGAACAGCCGGAGGUAGAGGCAGUUGCCGGAAAGCCUCCAGCAUCGAAGAAGCAGACAGAGGUUCCCAAGGAGCCCAAAGAGGUCCAGGAGGCAAAGGUCCCUCCGAACCGCAAGCGCCCAGCGCCCGAGCCGCUCCCCUACGGCUGGGUGCGCAAGGCUUCGAAGACAAAGAAAGGUGCCUACUACUAUGCAAACAUCCUCACUGGAAAGACCCAGGUGAAUCGACCUGGUCCUCGUACCGCCAGCGCUUCAGGCCACAGGCAGCGAGCCAACCGCCCGGAGCGCUUGGAAGUUUCGGGCUCCGCGCCCGCCGUAUCCGAGGAGCUUCGGCAGAGGCAGGCAGAGCACGAUGCAGCCGCAGAGGCGGAGCUGGAAGAAGUCAAGCGCAAGGCCGCAGAACGUCGUGCGGCCCUAAAGGCCAUGGAGACAGCUCCGGACGACGAGGGCUCCGAGGAGUCGGGCUCGGCAGAUGACGAGAACGUGACUGGAGAGGAUGUCACGAAGUGGAAGCAAGAAGAAGAGCUCCGUGAGAAGAAGCAGGCGGAGAAGGAGGAAAAGGAGAGGCUGUCGUGGCCCGCAGCUUCAGAGCUUCCUCCGGUUCCUCGCGUUUUGCAGCCAUGCCUGGAUGUGCUGAAGGAUGGGAAGUGGGUCGAGCGGCACGUCUUGGGCUCCGACAAGCAGCGCUGGACACUGGGACGAGCAGUCGGGGAAGUGGACUUCCCUAUGAACCAUUCCACCAUCUCGAGGCAGCACGCGGCGCUGACCAGAGGCGGCGCCGGGAUCUACCUCGUGGAUCAGUCCGUCCAUGGUGUACAGGUGGACGCGCAGCGUAUCGAAAAGAACCUGCGCGUCCUCUUAAAGAACGGUGCCAUGAUCAAGUUUGGGGCCUCAACGAGGUUGUAUGUCUACCACGAACCCACUUAG